CUCGAAGAAGACCUGUUCUUCCGGGAAAAUGGCGACUCCCGCUCGUGCCCCGGAGUCCCCGCCGGUCGCGGAUCCGGCGCUAGCCGCGGGGGCUGCUGAGGAAUCCGAGUGCCCGCCGCCUCGCCAGCCUCAGCCCCCGCAGAAUGUCCUCGCUGGCCCGCGGCUUCGAGCCCCAAGCUCCCGAGGACUUGGGGCGGCGGAGUUUGGCGGAGCUGCAGGAGAUGUUGAAGCGCCAGGAGAGACUUUUGCGCAACGAAAAAUUCAUUUGCAAAUUGCCCGACAGAGGUAAAAAGAUCUUAGACUCUUUUGCCAAACUGAAAGCUGCCAUUGCAGAACGUGAAGAAGUUAGAGGAAAACCUGAACUGUUUCAUCCUGUUAGUUUAGACUGUAAGCUAAGGCAAAAAGCAAUUGCAGUUGUUGAUGUGGACACAGAUAAGGCCCAGAAUUCUGACCAGAUACUUGAUACUUCGUCUCCAGUUUGUGGCUGUUCCUCUGUAAGUAACUUCAAGUCGUCUGAAACAACCUCACAACCACAUCCUACUCACAAAGGCGAUGAAGAGGCUCCCAAGGUUGAGGACACAGUGAGCAAGUGCCCGGUUCCCAGUAGCAGAGCGAGUGUGCCUUCCUCUUCUGAAGCUGGUGAGCGUCUCCCUCAGCGUCGUGUUUCAAGUCAGGCAGAAGAUCAUUCCAGCAGCUCGGACAACCUGUUUAUUGAUAGGUUACAAAGGAUCACAAUUGCGGACCCAGGUGAACAGCAUUCAGAACAGGACAGGAGUGCUGAGAACUUGGCAGGGCUUUGUCGUGGGGCACAGAAGAAGCCUCAUUACAUGGAAGUGCUAGAAAUUCGAGCCAAGAACCCAGUGCCCCCACCACAUAAAUUUAAAACUAAUGUAUUACCUUCACAACAAAAUGAUUCAUCUAGUCAUUGGCAGAGAACAGGGUCUCCCAUUUCCUUGGAAGAAAGGCGGCUCAGGGAUAAGAAGCAUCUUGAUGACAUCACAGCAGCUCGGCUCCUGCCACUUCACCAUAUGCCCACACAGCUGCUCUCCCUGGAAGAAUCUGUGGCACUUCAGAAACAGCAGAAACAGAAUUAUGAGGAGAUGCAAGCCAAGCUCGCGGCACAGAAGUUAGCUGAAAGGCUCAAUGUAAAGAUGCAGAGCUAUAAUCCGGAAGGGGAGACUUCGAGGAAGUACCGAGAAGUAAGGGAUGAAGAUGAUGAUCAGUCCUCUGGUGAGGAGUUCUGAAGACGGGCAUUGGGAUAAUGCCUGAAUCUCUGUCUGCUGAGAUGUCAUGGUCACAUCAGACUUCCUAACAAGUAUCAAGAUCAGUGUCAGGCAUUGUUGAGGGAAGGAAUUUUAUAAAGUUACACAAAGGUAGCUAUUAAAAGAGCCCAGUUUGUCUUUCAGGAGAGGACUUUGAUGUGCUUAAGAAGUUUAAUAUUUGAAUAUUGUGUUUGACCAUAUUGUAUUAAAGUUCUGCAGUAUGCUGU